UAGGAAGCGGACCAAAACUAAGGAGCGAAACUUCUCAUAUGGUAAGCCAGCCGCCAUUCAAUCGAACAACCGUUCAGUCUUCAACAGACAUCAUACUGCGUGGACAAAGAUAUGCCAGAUUCUUAAAAUUAGUUCUGUGCUCAGCUUUCUAUUCAUACCAUUCCAUAAAAGGCAAGAGAAUGUCGAAGCCAUCUGUUACAAACUUUAGUAAGAGAACAGGGAGUCCCUUUCAGAAGAUAGAUAAAGAUAAAGACGAACAGAAGAUAGUUCACGAAGAAGUUCUACACAAAACAAAUUAUGAAAAGCAAAGGGAAAAAAGCGAAGAAUUAGUUCAAAAGGUUAAUAAGAAAGCAGCUGAAUACCAUUCGAAUAAACCUAGUUCUGGUGUGUUCACUGAAGUAGUGACUCAUGGUGCAUUUACAACUAAGAAGGUUGAGGCAGAAAAACCUAAGGAAAAUCAACCACUUUCAAAAAGUAAUAAUGGCAACUCAAAACCGCUCCUAGGAUUCCCUUCAUCAGCCAACGACUUAGCACUGGACGCAAAAACGGAUCUAGAAUCUGAUCCGAAUAUAUCCAAAGAAGUCAGAGAAAAAGUAAUUGACAAAUUGUUUACAUUAGUAUCAAUGGUGCAACACACCUACGAAUCAAAAGUGAGAAUCAUGACUGAAUUUGAAAGAUUCAAGGAUACUCAUCUCAAAAAUGACGUAAGAAGAGAAAAAGAACAUUCAGAGCAACUUUAUAAGCUUAAUAUAAAUUUUCAAAGUGAAGUUAUUCAAGCGAUACAACAACUGCGUAGUGAGUUAGAUUUAUCGCGGAAUUUGUCGAGUAAUUUAGAUGAUUCGAAUUUAUUAAGUUUAAAAGAUAGUGAUACAAAAUCUUCGAGAGAUUGCCAAUCUGAUAAUAGUGACUCCCAAAUCGACUACAAUGUAAGCUGAUUUUGUUGUGUAGAAUAAAUCCAUUGUAAGCUUC